AUCAGUGCAAAAGCGGCGCACAGACGAGAUGGUCGCUCAAUAGACCUCCGAACGGGAUUACGGACACCUGCGUUCCGACUCUGGCAUUUAAAUUGAAAUCGCCUUUGAAAUGAUUAGAGCGGCAUAAUAAUUGUUCGGCACAAAUCGUGAAAAUAAAAAGUGUUCUUUAAAGUAAUAAACUUUUGAAACUAUUUGCAAUGGCGCUGAAGUCUAUCGGUCUAUACCUUUUCGUCGGGCUGCUUUGGGGUACCACGAUUUACGCAUCGUCCGAAUAUAAUCGUUAUGUGACGCAGAUAUUUGAAAAGUACGGUAGUCGCAACACCAUUAGCUUCGAGGGCUUGGAGCACUUGAUGUACAACUUGGGCCUUGGGCAUAUCGAAUUUGGUCCUACGCAUACGAUAGAAGAGCACCGGCCGGAAGGCUACAACACCACCAAGGUGAAGAUUAACUCAACGUAUUCUAGUACUGAUGAUGCCUCCAAUGACGUGUUGCUGUCUAUCAAUCAGCUGCAUAAGAAGGACGACAAUAUCGAAAAUAACUCCAUUGAUGAUGUCUCUCUGAUUGAGUUCCGAGAGAUGCACGAUCCCAAGCAUCGACACCCCAGGGAGAGCAGUGCUGCCAUAGAUGGAACACCGUUCCCUGAGGCCACGUGCCUAUCGCCAAAGUCGCUGCUGACGCUGAUUGUGGAUCACAACGAUCUGCACCGCGGCACACGGUACAGGCAGAUUGUCAAGACGGAGGAGCACAAUUGGGAGGAGGAGUAUAAUGAGUUCAUCAACAACGUUCGGAUCACAACAGGCGCAUUCAUGAAGUUGUGCCCAGCGCUGCUGGCACAGAUCGACAAUGGAGUUUGUAUUCAGCCGGCACCGCAUCCAAAGCAUUCUGAGAUGGACAGGGGACUGAGGAUCUGGAAUGCUUGGAUAUAUGCGAGCAUUUCCAUGUUUGUGCUCUCAGCUUGUGGGCUGCUGGGUAUUCUGCUCGUGCCGCUAAUGAAGACGAUGGCUUAUCAGAAGAUACUUAAGUUCCUAGUGGCGAUAGCCGUUGGCACACUUGCGGGAGACGCCUUUAUGCACCUGCUGCCACAUGCGCUUUUUAAGGAGGAGAAGCACGAGCAUGCAUUGGACACUAUUCGUUUGAUAGACAAGGACAAGGAGCGCGGCCACAAGCACAGCACGGAGGCAGCUCUGCUCUGCGGCAGUGCUUUUCUUGCAGCCUUAUUCAUGUAUGUGCUGGAAAACCUCAUCCCGAUCUUAAAGGGCGAUAAGGCUGGUCAUGGACACAGACAUGGCCAUGGACACGGUCACGCACACAAUCACACUCACCCGAACACGCACAGCACACAGAAAGAUGUGGACAAGGUACAGGCAACACUCGAGGCACAGACACCUCGUGAACUGAAUGUCAUGCUGCACGAGACAAAAGAGGAUCAAAAGUCUCCAAAUCGCCCACUGACCCCAGUGGCAUUCAUGGUCAUUAUUGGCGACGGACUCCACAAUCUUACCGAUGGCCUGGCCAUAGGAGCCGCCUUUGCCAGCGAUCCCGUCACAGGGCUAGCUACUGCCUUUGCCGUCCUAUGUCAUGAACUGCCCCACGAGCUGGGCGACUUUGCUUUGCUUAUACAAACGGGCGUAUCCAUACGUCGUGCCAUCUAUAUGAAUAUUGUCAGCUCGGUGCUGAGUUUUGUGGGUAUGUCCAUUGGCUUGCUGCUUGUCGGCAUUGGCAACGACAUGACUCAGUGGAUAUAUGCGGCAACUGCGGGAUCCUUCCUGUACAUAGCAUUUGCCGAUCUGGUGCCAACGAUGAGCGUGGCUCACAGCCCCGAUCAGGCCAACGACCCGAAAGGCAUAUUCAUUCAAAUAUUAGGCAUUUUCCUGGGAGGAGCCAUAAUGUUAAUUAUUGCAGUCAAUGAGCACGAUUUAGAGGAUUUAUUCCAAAGUUUUUGAAUCCCUCACUGUUUCACAGUAUUAGAAUCUCAAUUAUCCAAAAACCGUAGUGGCAACAUGAGGUUGUUAAAAAAUUUACAGAAAAUCAGUGUGGAAAACCAAACGCUGUUAAACUAGCCCAAAAACUAAUGAACAUACGAUUGGUUGCUUAGUUAGUAGUAUACAUUAAAUAUA